AUGGAAUGGGAACAAAUUAUUUAUAAAGCACGACUAAUAAAAGAAAGAUUCCAAAGGUCUUAUAAGUGUAUAAACACUGAUAGAGACACAAAACAAGAAACUGUGAAUAAACACUUUAACAUUCUUGUGCAACAAUUAGAACAACUAAGAGUCUUGUUUAAUGUCAACUAUUCACGACUGACACAGGCUCAUAAAACUUUCGCCGACUCUUUUUAUCUGGACAUACGUGAAAAACUACUAAACGUUGCAACACGUAAAGGUCUAAAAAUACAAGUACCCCAGAGUAUACAUGAACAAAUAGAGUUUGUACCUCUACCCGAAAUUAUUGAAGUGAAACAAAAUCAAACAUCUUCAGUCAAAAUGACACAGACAGUAGUUGAAUUUCUAAACACAGCCUCUAAACUUAUACCAGACUUUGAUGGCUCGGCAGAGAACCUUCAAAGCUUUCUGGACGCGUUAAAUCUAGUAGGAACUAUUAGGGAAAACCAUGAGGCCGUGGCAAUUCAGCUAGUUAAAACUAAACUACGUGGUACAGCCCGUAACCUAAUUUCUGACGAAACAACUCUAUCGGAAAUAAUAGCUAAACUUUCGAAUACAGUCAAAGGUGAAUCCGUGGAUGUGGUAACUGCAAAACUAAUGAACGUAAGACAACUGGGCAAGACUGCCACAGCUUACGCCAAGGAGAUCGAAGAUCUCACUAGGAAAUUAGAAACAUCCUAUAUAAAAGACGGAUUACCAACCAACGUUGCAACAAAGUACGCUACAAACACAGCAACAAAAGCUAUAAUAAAAAAUGUCUCCAAUGACAGAGUAAAACUCAUUAUGGAGUCAGGAACAUUCCAUGACCUUAAUGAAGUAAUGUCAAAAUUUAUAAGCAGCUGUACCGAAGCUUACGGUCAGCCUAACUCUAUUUUAGCAUACAGUAGAAUUCAAAAUAGACCUCCAAGACAAAGACAAAAUAGUCAAUUUCCCAAGGGAUAUAACAAUAGGUUAAAUAAUACUAGAAAUUCUAAUCAAAAUAAUCCUGGGAAUAUAAGCCAAAACUAUCGCCGAAACAAUAACAAUAAUAAUAACAGACGCCAAUGGUAUCAGAAUAAUACCAAUAAUACUGGCAAUCAUACGGGCAACCGCAACAAUAAUUAUCGCGGUAGAAAUCAAAAUAAUAGAAUCAAUACAAUGGUCACUGAAAAUGAAUCUGAAAAUGAUUCGGAAAACGGGCAAGACCCCCAAGAUACUCAAUAA